ACGCUUGCUCUCUUCAUUCAUGUAUGUACCGGUACGUAGGCCAGCUUCGACAUACGACUAAUGUUUCUACAGUAAAAAGCUGUAAACCACCCGACAGAACCGUUUUUAGUAAUUUAAGGACCCUCAAGUCAAACUAGCACAUUUUUUAUUCAUUAUUCACCUAGCUAGCUAGUGUAGCUGAUGUUCAGUAAUCGUCACCUCCGCUCGCGAGGAGCGCUGUUUGCAUCCAGCAGCAGGAAUCACAUGAUCCAUCCAGACGUCUGCUGCGAGUAAAAGCUACAGAUACACAGUCCAAGGACAAUGAAGCUGAUCAUUCUCAAUGACUACGACCAGGCAAGCGAGUGGGCUGCAAAGUACAUUAGAAACAAGAUCGUACUGUUUAGACCUGGCCCAGACAGAUAUUUCACCCUGGGGCUUCCCACAGGAAGCACCCCCCUGGGUUGUUACAAGAAACUCAUUGAGUACUACAAGAAGGGACAAAUCUCAUUCCAGUAUGUAAAAACCUUCAACAUGGAUGAAUAUGUAGGACUUCCCAGAGAUCACCCUGAGAGCUACCACUCCUUCAUGUGGAAUAACUUCUUCAAGCACAUAGACAUAAAAGCAGAGAACACUCACAUCCUGGAUGGCAACGCUGCUGACCUGCAAGCAGAGUGUGCAUCCUUUGAGGAAAAGAUAACAGCCGCUGGGGGGAUCGAGCUCUUUGUCGGAGGUAUUGGACCAGAUGGCCACAUUGCCUUCAAUGAGCCUGGUUCAAGUCUAGUUUCCAGGACCAGGGUGAAGACCCUGGCAAAGGACACUAUCAUGGCUAAUGCACGAUUCUUUGAUGGGGAUCUAUCAAAGGUGCCCACCAUGGCACUGACUGUGGGAGUGGGCACUGUCAUGGACGCAAAAGAGGUCAUGAUUCUCAUCACUGGAGCACACAAGGCAUUUGCUUUAUACAAAGCUAUAGAGGAUGGUGUGAAUCACAUGUGGACAGUGUCUGCGUUCCAGCAGCACCCACAGACCUUCGUAUGUGAUGAAGACGCCACCCUUGAACUGAGGGUUAAAACUGUAAAGUACUUCAAAGGGAUGAUGCACGUGCACAACAAGCUGGUGGAGCCACCUCCCUCAGUGCCAAAGAAGAACUGACGAUAUCUUGUCCAAACUUUGGAUUCAUGAAGUCUUUUUCAAAAUGUAACACUCCAAUGAUUCCUUCCUCCGGUGGAGAUAUAUCAAGCAAUGCUUGGGGUAAACCUCACCCUUGUAAAAAAAAAAUUAAAAAUAAGCAGUUGUUGGUAUUGUGCAGGCAAGUCGGGUUUCCAUGUGAUGGUGUUCAUACUGCUUUGCUUCUCAUUUGUUAUUUUUAAUAAAGUGCAUUUGAUUUUUAA